AUGGAUUCUCCAAAAAUUGUGUACAAAUAUUAUUCGAAUCCAGCUUUUUGCUCACAAAGCGAAGUAGUUUUCGCACAAAAAUCAUGCGUCACAAAGAUCGUUUCACCAGACAGGCAGAGAAUGCCGCCACUGGGAGCGAACUCACCUAGAAAGUUCGAAAUCAGCAACAGAAUCAUGAAGACGGAUAUAUCAGACAACCCUUUAAGAAUGUCGCCAGCCGGAGCACCUAGAAACAGAGAUGAACCUCCAGAAUUACCUCCGAAACCUCUGAAAUUCCAACAAAGACAUUUCCAAAGACAAGCUUCUCUGAUUCACAAACCGACUCGUACAGUGAGAUGUAGAGCGCGGAGUGAGGAUCUCGAAAUGGCUCAGCUUAAACAGCAGAGACAAAUUAGAUAUGAUAGACAUAAUCACAGUGAUGAUGGCUUAGAAGACAGACUUAAGCAUAGAUACGAAGUUAUUCAAGAUUUCGAUGACCUUGACGAUUAUUCUCCAACUAAGAAACGUAUUGUUCAAGCAAAAGAAGAGGAAAUCCAAGAGUAUAACGUAGACGGGCCAGACGAGAACGAGUUAAAAGAAAUUCCAACCGAAAUUGUCAAAACAGUGAACGGGAAAACACACAGAUACGCCAUAGUCCCUUCGGAUGAUGAUGACGAACCUAAAACAGUGACGUUCUCAUCACCGAUUAUGUCCCAAAAACAUCUAAUAGCUACUCAGAAACUUCACGAAUUGCUGUCUACACCUAGAAAAUUGAAGAGUUAUGCCAGCCAACCGUCUGUUCGAAUGACGCCGAACAAGUCCGUUGAUUCCCCACACGGUGACAGUCCAAGAAAAUUUAUUUCUAGUACUCCAAGUCAAGGAGUAACCCCUUCGAAAUCAUGUGCUAAUCUUACCAUGUCAAGAAAUAGCGCAGCAACAUCCCCAAUUUCACCCAAAGCUCAACAAAAACUUAACUACGGGUUGCCAGAACGUGUGCCUGAGUUUAACAGACACGACGUCUUUGUAACCAGCUUUAGGGAUAAAAGUAGAGAUCGGAGUAUUGAUGUGGAGAGAGAGAUUAGUAGAGAAAGAAGAGACUACGAGAGAAGAAGGGAGAGUCAGAGGAAGGAUAAAAAUACGGCAGUUAUUGUUCCAAGGGUAGCAUCUCCGCCUUCCGUGUAUUCAGAGGAUACAUACAAAUCAAUAUCCAGCUGGAAGACGAUAAGUGCUGCAACAGCGUCCCUGACGAUUGCCGCCCUCAUGCUCACAAUGUGUGGUGGACUAACGGCGGGACUAAGUUUCUACAUGAUGUAUGCUUUCGGCAGACACUACUACCUGGACUUUGGGGUGCUGUCAGGGUUUACCUGCUUCCUACUCGGACUACUUGGGUUCAGAUUCCGCAGACAACAGCUCUUACCCAACAGAAACUACAUAUCCGGUUACAUAGUGCUGUCAUCGUUCUCACUACUCAGCGCGUUUGGUCUUCUCACCAUACUUUGUGUUAAACCUCAGCCUGGUACUCCAUUAAAUGAUGUUACAUCCGGGGCAAUUUGUGGAGUCAGCAUAUUGUCACUGAGCCUCGCUACCGUUGGAGUUUUAGCUUCGUAUUGCUGCGUCAAGGACCCACCAGAUAAUAGAGUAGGAACUACUCGAUGGUACUAA